AUGACAGUGAAAGACACACUUGGUAGACAUGACGACUGGAGAUGCUUCGAGGCCCUAUUGACAAUAUCUCCCGCUUUACUCAUUUAUCAAUAUAUGGGUUUCCUCCUCUCAAGCACCACCUCCACUUCCACCUCCAUUAUUCAUCACAAGAUAUGUACAACAUUCAUCUCAAAACAAACUGGUAGACAAGGGUUUGACCAAUUUGGUGCAUUGACUCUCAAAGCAAUAAUGCCUGAAGAAAAGUCAUUAACAAUCACAAAUGAUUCCAACAACAAAAAAACACCCCAUGUUUUAACUGUAGCUGGCUCUGAUUCAGGAGCUGGUGCAGGAGUUCAAGCUGAUCUUAAAGCUUGUGCUGCAAGAGGAGUCUACUGUUCCACUGUCAUCACUGCUGUAACUGCCCAAAAUACCCUUGGUGUCCAGGAUGUGAGCAUUCUUUCAGAGGAGUCUGUUGCAGCCCAGUUGAAAUCUGUCUUGUCAGAUAUGCGGGUUGAUGUUGUGAAAACUGGCAUGCUUCCUUCAAUUGCCAUGGUCAAGAUCCUUCUAGAUAGUCUAAAGCAAUAUCCAGUUCAAGCUUUAGUUGUUGAUCCUGUUAUGGUGUCUACUAGUGGAGAUGUUCUUGCUGGACCUUCAAUUCUUGAUACAUUUCGGAAGGAUCUUUUUCCUAUGGCUGACAUUGUGACUCCAAAUCUAAAAGAGACUUCUGCUUUACUUGGUGGCAUACAAUUAGAAACAAUUAGUGACAUGCGCUCUGCAGCUAAAUCUUUACAUGAUAUGGGCCCACGAAACGUGCUUGUGAAAGGAGGCGACCUUCCUUCUUCCUCUGACGCUGUAGAUAUUUUUUUCAAUGGUAAAGAUUUUUACGAGUUGCGUUCAUCACGAAUACAAACUCGAAAUACACAUGGAACUGGUUGCACAUUGGCAUCAUGUAUAGCUGCUGAGCUGGCAAAGGGUUCUUCAAUGUUGUCAGCUGUUAAGGUAGCAAAAAGAUAUGUUGAGAGUGUAUUGGAGUAUAGCAAAAGCAUUAAUAUUGGAAAUGGAUCUCAAGGUCCUUUUGAUCAUGGGUUAAAGCUAAAGAGAAGUGUGUGUAAUUCAAGUAGGAUGCAAGUGUUUGAGCCAAGCGACCUCUUUUUAUACGCUGUCACGGAUUCCAAUAUGAAUAAAAAAUGGGGCCGUUCCAUUACCGACGCUGUUAAAGCUGCCAUCGAAGGCGGUGCCACAAUUGUUCAGCUCAGGGAAAAAGAAGGGGAAACGGGAGAGUUUUUGGAAUCAGCAAAAGCAUGUGUGGAAAUAUGUCGGCUCCACAACAUCCCUCUUGUAAUAAACGACCGCGUGGACAUCGCGUUAGCAUGUGAUGCGGACGGGGUCCACGUGGGGCAGUCGGACAUGCCGGUUGCCACGGUGCGGGCCCUUGUGGGGCCCGAUAAGAUCAUUGGGGUGUCAUGCAAGACACCUGAACAAGCGUUAAAAGCGUGGGCAGAUGGUGCUGAUUAUGUAGGAUCGGGAGGGGUGUUUCCGACCAACACAAAGGCAAAUAACCGGACGAUUGGUUUGGAUGGGUUGAGAGAUGUUUGUUUGGCUUCCAAGAUUCCGGUGGUGGCGAUUGGCGGCAUUAAUUUGGGGAAUGCUAAGGAGGUGAUGGAGUUGGGGGUGGUGAAUUUGGAAGGUGUGGCGGUGGUUUCGGCGGUGUUUGAUCGGGAAUGUGUGGCGGCGGAGACGAGGAAAUUGUAUGGUUUGUUGAAGGAAAGUGUUGUUGGGAAGGUGAUGGUGUGAUUUUUUUUUUUUUUUAUUAGUGUUCGAUUUUGGUUGUAAAAUAAGGUAAAUCCUCCGUUGUAAUAAGUUACUUAUUUAACUGUGAAGGAUAAAUGUUGUGGUAGGAGUUUUCUUGAAAUAACUGUAAUCGUGAUGGGUAUUUGAUUUUGCGAAAUUUAAGAGCAACUUAAAUAUUUCUAAUGCAGUAUUUGAAUACUCAAG